AUGAUAAUAAUAUUAGCCGAUAACGAUGUGGACGUUUGGCUAACAAUUUACUCACAAAUUGAUAGCAAAGACUUUUGGCAAACAGAGCCAGACUUACAAACAGAAAGAAGACUUGUUAUCAAUUGGAUAAAUGCAGACAUCAGUCAUACAAAUGUUUGGAUUGGACUCUAUUCAAGUAAACCUAACAUUACUUAUAAACCGUUAUAUAAAUUCAUUACAAAUGGUCAGAAAAGUGGUCAUAUAAGUGGUGAUAAUGUCUGGUAUAUUGUUUACGUUAAAGAUAAUAAAAUAUUAAAACAAAAUUGCUUUAAAACAAAUCCAAAUUGGAUGCAAAAUAAUUUACAAAUAAUUGGUUCUAAACGUCUCAAUGAUAUUGUGAUUCCUGGGUCUCACGACUCCGGGUGUUAUCAUAAGUUUGGUCUCAACAAUAUUCCCACAAAAGCAGUUUAUAUGUACGCACAGGACGAAAGCAUAUUUGAUCAGUUAGUUUAUGGCAUACGUUAUGUUGAUAUCCGUAUUGGUUAUGACGACACUAUUGAAGACAACAAUCUACAGAUAGUUCACGGACUUUGGAGUUGUUAUCAUUCCGUGGCAUUUGUUUUACAACAAAUCAAAGAUUUUCUUGACAUCGCUCCCAAAGAAAUUGUCAUUUUUGAUGUCCACAAACUCCAUGGAUUUACUGAUCAAUUGGGAAAUAAUAUCCCUGAAAGACAUCAAAAACUUAUAAAUCUAAUUAUAAAAUUUGUUGGAAAAUAUAUAAUACCAGAGAAUUAUAUUAUUGGCUAUCAAGACAAACAUCUUUUAAAGAAUGUUAUGACAAAACAUUUAUUAUGGGAUCAAGUGAUUCAUCGAUGGGGUAAUAAACAAACAGUUGAGACAUUACAAGACUAUUUCAAUGAAGAGCUCUGUUCUCAUACACCGAAAUACUUGCACUCAGCUAUGGCUCAAAUGACACCAUCUGUUUGGGAAACACUUCUUCAUUUAAAUUCAGAUCGAGGUCUAAGACAAAGAGCCGAUAGUGUAAAUCCUUUGUUUAAUCAAUGGUUUUAUAAUAAAUGGAAAAAUUGUAUAAAUAUAGUGAGUGCCGACUAUUUUCUUGGAUCUAAUGUCGUUAAUAUUGCUAUUAAAAUAAAUCAACAA